UAAGCUCGAACCGUGUGCCGCAUAAUUGUUAUUUAUGUAUUUAAGUUGAAUUUUUGUAUUAAAAAAUUAUAUAAUUAACAUGCUGCGCACUGUUCUAAGCGAUUUGGCUCGCCUACGGCUGAACGGAUCUGUCUGCUCUGUUACACAAGUCCGCGAGAAGGGACACCUGAAUCGGCCGCGUUUAAGGAAUCCCUAUUGGUUCAUACGACAACAGCGCUCACAAACGGAUGAUCAAGUGACUGGCGAAAAUCGCAGUUUCAUCAAAGAAGUGAUCCAUGAUACCUACGGCACUCCGGCUUUAAUUAAAGGCGUACAAACCUACGAACAGAAGCAGUUGAUCAAAACGAAUGAAUUGCCUGUACCUACCGAGCCUUGGACACCGGCCGUUCGUCGUUGCGGGGUGAUUGCUCGUAAGAUUGGCCAAUAUCCGCUUUGGCUGAAGAAUGGAGAACGCAUUCGUACUACGCUCCUGCAGGUGGUGGACAACCAUGUGAUUAAAUAUAUACCCCCAGAGGAAUAUAAGCCCACACAGAGGCCCAAUGUACAUAACUUGAAUCGCUAUGGCUGCGCCUUGGUUGGAGCGGAGAGCACAAAUCCUGCCCAGCUGACCAAAGAGUAUUGUGGAAUCUUUCGCGAUUCAGGCGUGAUGCCCACCAAGAAUCUAGCUCGUUUCAUAGUUUCGCCCCAGGCGGCUCUAGCGCCUGGUACACCACUGAACGUGGGACACUUCCGCGUGGGCGAGUUUGUCGAUGUUCGCGGCAAGACUGUAUAUCAUGGAUUCCAGGGCGUGGUCAAGCGACAUGGAUUCAAGGGCAUGCCCGCCUCGCAUGGUGUGACAAAGACGCAUCGCCGUCCCGGCAACAUUGGCGGCGGUGGCGAAAAGGGACGCGUCUGGCCGGGCACCAAGCUGCCCGGUCACAUGGGCAACCGUUGGCGCAUCAGCAAAGGUCUGCGCAUCUGGCGCAUCAAUACCAAAUACAAUGUGAUGUGGGUGCAGGGCAGCGCAGUGCCUGGCUCCACAAACGGCCUGGUCUACAUCUACGAUACGAUCCUGCCAUUGCGCAAGCCCCAAGCUGCGCCGCCUAUGCCCACGCUCUAUGAGCAGCCAGAGGAUGAGGCGCCCGACGACAUUUGGUAUGAGCAAGUGCACAAUUUCAAGGACGAGUCCAUCACCUAUAAGCCGGAGUAAAUCGCAAUUAGCUUUUAUAUUCAGUUCCCAUCUUUCUUUCUGUUAUGCCGUACAUUGUAUAGAGCUCUGUGCAAAGUAUCCUAGAUAAAGUUAUGUAAA